AGAAUAAAAAAUCGUUUGCUGCCCCGUCUUGGCAAAAGAGAACCAACAAUUAUCCCUCGUCGACAUGGCUUCCUCGUCCGAAGUAGCUUUCGCCGAAGAGGUUCUACAGCUCCACAACAAGUACCGGGAGAUGCAUGGUUCUUCCCCGCUUUCCCUUGACAAGGAGAUGUGCAAAUACAGCCAGGCAUGGGCAGAGCAACUGGCGCAAUGGAAUCAACUGAAGCACAGACAAGGCGCGGGUCGAGAUGAAGGAAAACAAUACGGGGAAAAUAUAUUCAUGUAUGGGGCAUCCGGAGGAGCUCAUAUCGAGCCCAAAGAUGUUGUUGAAUGUUGGUACAACGAAAUCCAGAAUUACAAUUUCAACUCUGGGGGCUGGUCAGGCAACACUGGUAGUGUGGACAACAAGUAG